GGCCGCCAAACCGGAAGGGGUGGUCCUGGGCCUGGAGGAGCGGCUUGUGUCGCUGUGGUGGCCGGUUUUGCGGGGCGUUGUGAGCCGGGGCUGGCGGGUGGGCUGUGUCGCGAUGCCGGAGCUGGCGGUGCAGAAGGUGGUGGUCCACCCGCUGGUGCUGCUCAGUGUAGUGGAUCAUUUCAACCGAAUUGGCAAGGUUGGCAACCAGAAGAGAGUUGUUGGUGUCCUGUUGGGGUCAUGGCAAAAGAAAGUACUUGAUGUGUCCAACAGUUUUGCAGUCCCUUUUGAUGAAGAUGACAAAGAUGAUUCUGUCUGGUUUUUAGACCAUGAUUACUUGGAAAACAUGUAUGGGAUGUUUAAGAAGGUCAAUGCCAGAGAAAGAAUAGUUGGAUGGUACCACACAGGCCCUAAACUGCACAAAAAUGACAUCGCCAUCAAUGAGCUCAUGAAGAGAUACUGUCCUAACUCAGUACUGGUCAUUAUUGAUGUGAAGCCAAAGGACCUGGGGCUGCCCACGGAAGCCUACAUUUCAGUGGAAGAGGUUCAUGAUGAUGGAACACCAACAUCAAAAACUUUUGAGCAUGUGACCAGUGAAAUCGGAGCAGAGGAAGCUGAGGAAGUUGGAGUGGAACACUUGCUAAGGGACAUCAAGGACACUACGGUGGGAACUCUCUCCCAGCGGAUCACAAACCAGGUCCAUGGUUUGAAGGGACUGAACUCCAAGCUUCUGGAUAUCAGGAGCUACCUGGAGAAGGUGGCCACCGGCAAGCUGCCCAUCAACCACCAGAUCAUCUACCAGCUGCAGGACGUCUUCAACCUGCUGCCAGACGUCAGCCUGCAGGAGUUCGUCAAGGCCUUUUACCUGAAAACCAAUGACCAGAUGGUGGUGGUGUACCUGGCCUCACUGAUCCGCUCCGUGGUCGCCCUGCACAACCUCAUCAACAACAAGAUCGCCAACCGGGACGCAGAGAAGAAGGAAGGACAGGAAAAGGAAGAAAGCAAGAAGGAGAGAAAAGAUGAGAAGGAGAAGGGCGAUGCAAAGAAAGAAGAGAAGAAGGAGAAGAAGUAACCCUGAGCUUUCUUAAUUUGUAAAUUAAAAUCUUAUAAACUAACUCAGUGUGUGCCACUAGAGGGUUCUUUAUCACUCAGCGCUUCUUAAAGAGCUGUCCUGAUGAGAGCGCUCUGCCUCUGGUCACUUGCUGUGGCAUUAUGUAUAAAUGGAUGGACAGAGGGACUGAUCUCAAACCUACCAGCAGCUUCAGCUGCUGUGAGUUGGGGAGCGCCAUAGUGUAGGCAUCUGAUCCUAUGAGAGGCCUGAAGAGAAUCCACAUAACGUCUGGUAUUCUUCAUUCUUCCAUCCCUAAAACCAGGAGUUGGUUUUUUCUCCGCCUUAAAACAUCCAUGGGGUCUGUUUGUGCUAAUUGGCAGAAUUGCUAAAUGGAGUGCGUGGAUCCUGUACACUCUGUCUCCCAACACUUUGAGCUCUGACCCUUCUGGACUCUUCAAACCACAUCACGGUUUCCAACCUGGAACUCUAGCAUUCUUAACGCUGGGGGUCCAGGUCCAUGUUUUGUUCACCUUGAAAGAUACAAUUAAAUGGCUUGGUUUGUAA